GAAGGUCAAAAAAGGAAAUGAUGAAAAUAAAGAAAAUGAAUCAAUGAUAAUGAAGAAGGACCAGGAGGAAUUCAAAAGAGAAUUCAAAGCCAUGAAAGAUGAAGAGAAAUGGGUACUUUUGACAGGGAAAGUUGUAGAGGACCGAUUAUAUGCUUUUGACCCAGAAGAUAUCAUUUAUUUAAAAAAUUCAAUAUUUAUGAAAGAAGAAUUGACAGAAAUAAGUAACUAUCAGAUAAAAAAAUUACCAAGGAUUGAUAAUGAAGUCUUAGAAUAUUUGAAUAGUUUUCAUACUAAUAACACAAAAGAUCUGAGAAAGAAUAUUUUUAAAAAGGAAUUGUGGGAUGGCUCCUAUGACAUAAAAAAAUAUAUAGAUGUGGAUUUGGUCCGAAAUAGAGUUUAUAAUCU